GGCCAGCACGCCAUCGGUCCUGUCUUCCCUGGUUCCUCGCCGAGCGCCACGAAGAGGAAGAGAGAAUGGUGAAGGAGAAGGGGAAUGAGAAGGGAAAGGGUGCUGGUAAGGAGAAUGGGAAGGCGAAGGGUGCUGGUAAGGAGAAUGGGAAGGCAAAUGGGAAGGCGAAGGCAAAGGAAAAGAGCUUGAAUUACCUAAUUAGGCAAGAUUCGGCACUGCCUCCACCGGUUCCGAGGAAGAAGAGCAAACCUAAGGUGCAGAUUAGGAAGGCGAAAGACUUUCCCAAUGCCCCAAUGGGAGAGUUGAUUUGUAGCUUAAGAAAACACCCUCCGCCUCCUCCGCGUCUCCCCGACCGCACCGGUGCCGGCGUGCGUGCCGCGGAAGCCGCUGCCUCCGGCUCCGCAACCGGCUCCGAGCUGCCUCAUGCAUCUACUAUUGUAUGAUUGCUUUA